ACUGUAUAUCUAUGGUCUCCACCAAUCUUAGAUUUAGAAAUUUUAUUCCAUGUGAAAAGUAAGACGUGAAAAUAAACGCACGAUAUAUGCAAAUUUAGAAAGGGAUACCUGUUUGGAGGUCUUUAAAAUAACGAAACUUUACAAGAGUGAUGAUUUCUUUUUGCGGCGAACAAUGACACCGUUUGAUGAUUUCAUGUAUCUAAUAAAUUCUUUGCUUUUGGGCGAAGAGCCUACUAUCGAAGAUUUCAUCCUGCUCAUCGGUACGUUCGUGGCAUUUGUGGCGUUCGUCCUGUGGUGCUGCUUCCCGGUGGUACCGAAGGAGUCGAACCACCCGCCACAGUACGACUCUCGCAGCUACAACCAGUACAAGAAACUGGACAGCUCGCCGUACGAGAGCAACUCCUAGCACGAGGUGUCGCGUCUGACCGUGACUGCCUUCGGGUGCUGAUGCUGCAGCCGCGGCAGUCAGAGGGUUCCUCCUGAGUCACCGGAGCCCGCCAGUCAAGUCAGAGAAAUCUAGUCAAACAUCUUACACUUAAGUUUACUAUUCCGAGCUUUAUACGUUAUUGAAAUACAAGUGCAUAGGUAUUUUAUACGGUGUUUUUUAAAUAAGACAUCUAUGCAAAGCUUUACUGUACUGUUUUGUAUUUUCAUGGUACUCAAUCUGUGAUUAUUUUUUUAAAGAUAUUAAAUGUGUUUAAAUAGCUUGAAUUUAAUGUUAUUUUAAGCUUGUAUUUAUGUGUGCAUGUAUGAGUUUGAAUGUGAGACCUUAUUGGUAACCCUUCAUCCCUUCAAAAAGAACGAUGUGGUGGUACAUACAGCCAGUGGUUAGGAUGUCAGGCUGUAUCCCUGCAUGAAAUUCCAUGAAAGAGGUACUUUUGGUGCUUUUUUAGACAAACUUUGAAUUUUGUUUUUGUAAUUUGUAUUUUUUCUUGGAAUAUUCGUAAAACAACACUUUUUAGGCUAGUAGGUUAAAAACAAUUGGUCUAAGGAAACAUUCCGGCACAUUUGCAACUACGGCCAUGCCGGAUUGGCUAUUUUUCUGCAUCUUAGAAAGUCGUCAUGGUUUUAACAGGAAUACUGAAGAAAAAAAUUGAUGCAGUACAAUGAUACUUAAAACAAGCUGUAAUAAGCUGAUCUAUGGCAAUAAAGAAUACACAUGAACAAUACUGUUUAAAAAAGUCUCUGAUAAUAUUUGUUGAAUCUAUGAUCAGAUCUCUUUUCCAAAAAAAAAAAAAAAGAGUAAACUUAUAAUGUUGGCAACAUUCCUAUCGGUCAGUGUCAACAUCUGAAGAAAUCUGAACACUAACUAUUAGCUCAAUUGGUGCUGGAUAUAGGAAUCUGCUGAACUUAAGAAUUUCGGAUUAAAUGUUUAGCAGACAACCUAUAAAAUAAAAUUAUUCCCACAAAAUGAAGUCCGUCUACACUCCUGCACUGAUGUUUGGCUGAAAUCGAUGUUGCCAUUUUCUUUGUGUUUCUUUUACGCACUUUUCAGAAUGUGGACACCCUGCAAGUGCAAAAAAAAUCUUGGCUAAAACAGUACAUUACAAUGGUAUAGGGCUUGCAUAAAAUGAGAAGUGAAUUUUGAAUAGGUCAGUGAUAGUAAUGGGGAAAUAUGCUCUAGUCUGCCAUCUUCUAAACUGUGAAAGCAAUUUUUUUUGAGAAGGUUUUAUAUUGCCUAGUCUAUCACACUAUAAAAUGUUGUAGGCAAGGUUCUGUUUGAAAUAGACCAGCUAUUUUCUUUAUUUCUUUCAGAAAAAAAUAUUGUACUCGGAAGUUUGUAAUUUUGGUCUUGGGAAAUCUGGGGAUUUUAUUACGAAUUUGUGUGGACACUCUGACAUGGUUACAGAAGGAAAAAAGAACUGGACAUGCUGGCCCAUUUAACUCCUGUGGCUUAGUAUUGCCUUUUCAGUGUUUUUUUUAUGCUUCCCUGUUAAUUGAGCUUUGAGAUGUGACAUUGCGACUUCAAUGUCAUUGAAGACAGGUAACACCGGCUGGUUUCAACCAUGGACUAUUGAUGAAUCUCGUCAUCUGUUUGUGGUUCUGUCAUUGGUUUACUAUUUGUCACUGUAGUGUCAAAAUCAGCGGGUUUGUUUACAAAUAGUUAUCCAAAGAGUUGGUUACUUUUAAUUUAAUUAUUAAAUAAACAGUAAAGUCUGGAUCAACUAAGCUUCAAUUAACUAAGGUUAUGUACCUAUAUCGAAUUAGACUUUUUAAGAUGCCAUUACGGACAAAGACUGUUGAAACAUGAAACAUUUGCUUGAGGAUCAAAAGACUGAAUAAAAAGAUUCCAUUUUCUGGUGGGAAAAUCAUAUAGUAACUGAAAAAAAACAUCAUCCGGAAAAAUGAUACCACUUGGGCCAGUUGAAAAACUUAAUGAUAUUCUUAUUAUAUCUGUGUUAUCCAAGAUUUUUCUUAUCUGAGGUUUCCGCGGUCCAUAUUAAUGAGAUUAAUGAAGACACUACUCUAAAGUUGGAAUUUAAUUCGCUUAGUCAUGAGAGAUCAAAUACUAUCUGCAUUGAAACUCGGACAUAAUUACAAUGUACCACAAUAUUUAACAACCUCAGCAAUUGCAUACUUCUCUUGACACACUUUUUUGGUGGGUCUGUUCGGCAAAUAAGCAGUUCAGUGUUCUAUAAGUUCUCUCAAAGUUAAUCGUUACUGUCUGUUUUCCAGCACAUUAUAUUUCACAUUUUCACACUUGAUAUUACCUUUUAAACAUAUAGUGUACAGGCAAAUUCGCUAUUCAGGAACGGCCGUAUUCUGAAACUUGCAGUAUUUAAGAGUUUAAGACCUUUCCCCAUAGUUGUUUUUCAUGCCUUACUUUGCCUUUAGAUGCCUGUCAAAUAUUCCCACUCGCUCCUCCACCCCCUACCCCACCCUCAUCCAUGCCUCUUCACUACUUCACAUGUCUCUCUUAAUUUUUUCAUUUCCCUGCUAAACCUUGCCAAGCAUUUUGAUGAGUGGGGGCCAACAUAUAGCCCGUGGACUUCAUUCGACCCACCAGAUUGUAGUCGUGGCCUGUCGGCCUUCGUUCUGACGGGAAAUCA